AUAUAAUAAUGCACCUUGCCUUUGACCAACACUGCUCUGUCACAUCCCUCCCUACCUGAAAAUUUCUGCUCUCUGCGUCGUUGCAGAGCACGCCAACAUCUCGGACUCAGAGGUCCAAGUUACACAUCCGUCGCUGUCUCGCCAAUGUCGCAAUAUACACGCGUCCCUCGAACUGUCAACCAAGACUACUAUAAUUUCGACGCUGCCACCGAGGAGACACGCUCUACAAAGCAAGGAGAGACCGCCGAUGACGCGGAAAUUGAGCUACUUAUUCGAAGUGUCAUUCCCUUUACUUCACAGGAUCCUCCACGCCCUUCGAAUCGUCGCGGUCGAGCACCAGAUUCUCUAAUAUUCGGGGAGCCUGAAGAAACGACGAAGGAUACAUCACAUAGUCCCUCUGAAGAGUCACCAUAUGAUUUAUCUACGGUCCUAUCCAUAUUGGACGCGCAACUCCUUGAAGAGAAUGAAGAGGAAGAUGAAGAUUUGGAGUUCGUUCCCUUAUACAUCCCUGAAGAUUCGACUCUCAACCCAUCAUUCCCGCUACAAGAUACACAGCGGAAGCCUCCGUCCCAUACUUCCACUGUUCGAAGCAACGAUAUCCCAAUUUCUCAGCCGACACCCCAGGCAGCUUCUGUGCCAGUCUCUCAGUCCAAUGACUACUCACCCCCAACUCAGCCCAGUCCCCCUGUCGUUGUCCACGAUGCCACCCAACAGACUCUUUUCGACACUGAGAUGGAGCCUUCUCAUCCGCCCCCGAACAGAUCGUUCAAUGAAUCUUCCUCCGAACAUGUGCAGUUUGUGUCGCCGUCUCCAUGGCAUGCAACAAUCAUGCCACAUUCUCCGUCUACUUUCCAGUCUUCCCCGCAGCCCCCUUCUCUACAACCUUCGGGUUCGGAGCUAUCUCUUGGAGAGCUGCAGCGCCAUCUGGCUGAAGCAGUCAUUCAGGCGGUCACCAGCAACCCCGAGUUUGCCCGAAGAUCUAUGGAUAUCCGGCAUGCUGAUCAACUAGUCCCGCAACUCGUGUAUUCUAUGUUGGAACAAUAUCCAGAGUUAUGGGAAAUUCAGAAGUUGCUCUCGGUUCAAUUGUCAGACGUUCAGGCACUAGCUGCACAAGUGGUAGCACAAUUUCUGGCGAUGCUGGAACUACUGCGAUCGCAGAACCAACAACAGGUCCACCAAUUGGCCGCUAACGACACACCCAUGACGGAUUCCGCCCGGUCGUACGAGGACAACUCCCCUGGAUUGGGUGCCUCGCCUGAGGGUUGGCCUGAAUCCGCGGUCGAGCAAGAACAAGAAUGUCAACAGUACUUUGCCAGUGAUUUCCAAUUCAUGAAGUUGAAGGAUAAACUUCCCUCGGUCCCUGACGUCUCUGAAGUGCCGGCGUUUGUUCAGUUUUUCCGGGAUACCUAUCCGCUCCUUGAAGACGAGGCCAUCUGGAAAAUUGUAAUGUGGUUUCAUCCUGAGCUGCAUGGCCAAAAAACACUGCACGAUACAUUUGUUCUACGAGAGGAUGCUGUGCGGGCGGCUUUGGCAGAGGUUCGAAACUGGAGAUUUCCUGGCUCUGAUGCAGGUUGGUCUAUAUCCGCACACGAAUUCUUUCCCUCGUCGCAAGGGAACGUACUUCCCCAGGGCGUCCUUUUCGUGGAGCAAGAAUCGUGCAUUGAUUCGGCGCCUUCCUCUCCCUCGGCGCCAUCCACUCCGAGGAAAGAAAGUUUACCUUUAGGCGAAAUGUUCCAAGAGCAUCAAGAUAUCCACAUGGAGGACCAUGAGGAAGUCCGCGAUAACUGGGAUGCCUGGUCUUUCGAUCCUGAACCGAAAUGGUCGGAGAUCUAUAUUCCCUUGCAUGACCCAGAGACGCGAGGAUACAGUACGGGCCAAAGUGUUCCACUCGAGCAUUCAUACUGCGAUUCUCCGUACGACUACCACUUCGAUUAUCCAUGGCCCCACUACGAGCAGCCACACGCUCAGUACGAGAUGCCGCAAGUCCAAUACGAGUAUCCGCACUUCCAAUACGAGCAGCUACAUACACAGUCAAAUCAACCACCCGUUCAACAGAAGUCAGAGUGGCACGAGCAUUAUGCACCGUCCGAGCCGUCACAGACCGAAACAUCAUACGUACGGCGGGACCAACAACAUGACCGACAGAGUCACGGUCUGGCUCACCGUCUUCGGCGUAUGCUCACGUCCUAUAUCCGGAAAAAGCCUACUGAGACUGCGGCCGAGUCCCACCGUGCACAGCGACCGGACCGUUUACUCCAACAACCGUCUAGUCCUCCCAAGCCUACUCCCAAAAACUGGCGCGACUCCCAGGCCGAACGAUACAGUUCUAUUAACACCGUCGCACCCGAACUUAUAUAUGAUCUCGAACGCGAGUCCCCGCAAAACCCGUAUCAGUUCCAGGACGAGCCCAAUUGCCAUCUUGAGCCAGAACCCCCGUUUGAUCUUGACAGAGAGCCCCCAGAAGAUCGCAGGUAUCCACAGGGGUACCCACACUGUCGCCCGGCUGGUGAUCCGUCAGAUAGCGAUAGUACUGACUCUGAGGAGGACCAUACCGACCAAGAAAGCGAUAACCCACCACUGCCUGCUGCGCCGUCCACCGAUUAUCUUCAUCAGUAUGUUCCUUGGUCGGCAUUAACACUUUGACCCAUCCGCCUCAUUUCCCUCUCCCCUUUCUCAUCCCGUUUUGUAUUAUUAUUCUUAUCAUAUCGUUGGCUGUAUUUAUAGUGUUUCUUUUGUUUCACGGACCUUUCGCCCUCUUUAUUCUGUUUUAAAGUUUUUUCUUUUAUUUUGGAGUAGACGCAUUCUCCACAUUUCAAAACCGUG